CUGGAGAAAUCCCAAUCUGAUUCAUAACAAACCACCUUUUCCUCCAUCUACUCCUCCCACUCCCAAAUUCCCACCGCCAUCGUUACGAUCUGUACAUACACACCGACCAUCGCUCUUCUUCCCACUAUCCGACCAUCACACCAUCCGACCAUCCAUCAUCAUGAAGCUGACCUUCAAGGUAUGUUGAAUCUUGCCUCCCAAGACAAGCUUGGGCUCACUUUGCCCCCCCACCUGUCUUCAACUCUUGCUGACCUCUAUUGUUUUGCCUAGGAUCUCAAACAACACAAGUUUGAGAUUGAAGCUGAUCCAUCGGAGCUUGUAAGUCCGACAUCUCUUCGCCCUCUUCCCACCCUCCCUCGCAGCUUUGGAUGAUCGCCAAAAGAUACCAGAAAGCCAUGACCACGAAGCUCUGCUAAUACUGCCCACCAUAGAUCGGGGAUGUGAAGGCAAAGAUCGCAAAGGAGAAGGGAUGGGAAGCCUCUACGCUGAAGUUGAUCUACUCUGGUACGUUGGCCACAUCGCUGUCGAUUCUUGUGGGCGCAAAGUGAUGUUGAUGGAAAUCCAGGCAAGAUUCUCCAAGAUACCAACACAGUCGAGUCCUACAAGAUUGAAGAGAAGGGAUUUACUGUCUGCAUGAUUACAAAGGUACAUGUCAAUCUAAUUGCAAGGUGUUCAAGAAAUCUAACUUGAUCAUAGCCCAAGCCAGUACCUGUAGCUGCUGCCUCUCCAGCCAAAGCCCCCUCCACACCCGCUCCCGCCGUAGCCUCGACCCCCGCUCCUCCGGCUGCUCCAAUCGCCCAACCCAAUCUAUCCGGAGGCAAUGCUAUUCCUGCGACACCUUCACCUGCCGGAUCUGGCGCAAAUGCUGCAAGUCAAGCUACCCCUUCGGCCGCAUCGAGUGGAGGUCUAGCAAUGGGUGCUGAGAGAGCCGCUCAGAUUGCAGAGAUGGAGAGCAUGGGUUUUGAGAGAUCACAGAUUGAUUUGGCCAUGCGCGCUGCAUUCUACAACUCCGAGCGUGCUAUUGAAUAUCUUUUGACGGUAAAUUUGCAUUCUUGCGUUCUAGAAUUCGUUUGCUGACAAAAUUUACAGGGAAUCCCCGAAAGCGCUCAACCAGAACAACGACCUGCCGCCCCCGCGCCAGGCGCACAAUCCCCGCCAGCUGCUGCUGCCGCUGCCGUAGCUCAAGGGGACGACGAACCAAUUAAUCUCUUCGAGGCUGCGCAAGCUGCCGGACGUGGUGGUGCCGGUGCCGGUGCAGGCGCAGGCCUAUUUGGUGGGGACAUGGGAGCUGGUGCUGCUGGAGGAUUGGGAAAUCUCGACUUCUUAAGAAACAAUCCCCAGUUCCAGCAAUUACGACAAGUUGUUCAGCAGAACCCACAGAUGCUUGAGCCAAUCCUCCAACAAGUCAGCGCAGGAAACCCCCAACUUGCUCAAUUGAUCAGUCACCAUCAAGAGGAGUUCCUUCAAUUGUUGAGCGAAGGCGGCGGUGAUAAUGAUGCGCCUCUCCCUCCUGGAGCUCAAACUAUCAGUGUCACUGAAGAAGAGCGCGAAGCAAUUGAACGUGUAUGUGGUCUUGAUAUUUGCCCAUCUCCAAAAAUUCUUACUAACUCUUUAUAGUUGACGCAUCUCGGCUUUUCCCGGGACCAGGCAAUUCAAGCAUAUUUCGCAUGCGACAAGAACGAAGAACUUGCUGCUAACUUCCUUUUUGAGCAGCCGGAGGAUGAGGAAUGAUUUGUCCUUUCCAUCCUUCCUUUCUCUUACUAUUCUACGAUUCCCACGCAGCGAUGAAGGAUUCCACGAGCGGGCAUGUGAUUAUGCAUGCAUUAUGUGGAAGGUGACUUGACUACAUUUCAAGGUGUUUUUCGUGUUUAGCUCCUCAGAUUUACACGUUUGCUAUGGGAGGUCGAUCGGAAUAUCGGUCAUUGCAUUAACUUAUUUUCCAUUUGGGAAACUAGGGUUGCGGACAGAAUGGAUACGGGCUGUCAAAUAAGGCAUCUCAGCCUGGAUAUCUUGUCGCCACGUUUUGUCUCAUACACGAAAAUGAAUAUGAAAUUUUGCCUCUCU